CCUUCUUUCGAAACUUUGAUGAAUUACCCAACAAAUCUGUUUUGAUGCACAUUUAUAUUCAUUUAUUAUUCAUCGUGCCAAUACACACUGGUUCUCUGUGGUCAUCGCUUCCUUCCUUUGCGACUCUCCUCCUCCCUCUGCCCUUCACCUUGUUGCAAUGUCGACUGCGUCGUGAUCAUCGCCGUCCUUGUCUUUGUUUGCUUCCAUGGCGCCUGCUCUCUCUUCCUCCGUUUUUUGCUUCCUCCCUCUCUUCCUCACUUUUUACUGCUCCCUCGUCCUCUCUGCGUCUGAGCGCCGCGCUGUUGCCCAUGAUGACAACAUGAAGGAACACGUUCAGAGCAACAAAUUUUUAGCCAACGAAGCAUCCGAUGAUUCUCUCGGCUUCCCUACUCUAAAUGCGGAAGCUCUAGCGAAUACGCGCUGCCCGAAGCAGGUCGAGUUGCGAUGGCAGACGGAGGUCAGCUCCAGCAUUUACGCCACUCCUCUUAUCACCGAUCUCAACACAGAUGGCAAACUGGAAAUUGUUGUUCCUUCCUUUGUACAUUACCUGGAAGUUUUAGAAGGCUCUGAUGGAGAAAAGCUGCCAGGUUGGCCUGCGUCUCAUCAGUCAACCGUGCAUUCAAGUGCUUUAAUGUAUGAUAUUGACAAGGAUGGAAUACGAGAAGUUGCCCUGGCGACAUUCAAUGGCGAAGUUCUAUUUUUCCGGCCUUCAGGGUUUCUUAUGGGUGAAAAAUUAGUUGUGCCGAGAAGGAGGGUUCGAAAAGACUGGUAUGUGGGUCUCAGCCCCGACCACGCAGAUCGGUCGAAGAAUGACGUUCACGAUGAUUCUCUUAUCGACUUAAACACGAUAGCUCCUCUCAACAACACGUAUUCAAUACAUGGUACUAAUGCUUCACUAGCUGGAAACAAUACAUUGCAGCAAUCUGGACCAGCACCUGCCGUGAGUACAGGAUCGCAUGCGUCCAGUCAGAAUGUGACAAAGCGGCGACUUCUAGAAGAGCCGGAAAAAGAAGCCACAGUAGAGAAUGAUGACAGUAAUGUACUUGAAGACGAUGCAGAUUCCUCUUUCGAUGUUUUCCGAAACGCGGAAGAAAUCGCAGAAGAUCAUGGUGAUCAAGGACUCCUGGAUCAUGAUACAUAUGACUAUGAUGACUAUGUGGAUGAGUCUAUGUGGUCUGAUGACUCUUGGUCGGAAGCGCAACAUCUCAAGGAGGCUGAUUUUAUCGACAUUGACGCGCACAUUCUUUGCACCCCCGUUAUAGCUGACAUUGACAAAGAUGGAGUGGAUGAGUUGAUUGUCGCUGCUUCUUACUUCUUUGAUCGUGAAUACUAUGACCUUCCAGAACAUGCGAAGGAACUUCCUGAUGGUCUUGAUAUUAGCAAAUAUGUUGGUGGUUCCAUUGUGGUGUUCAACUUGGAUACGAAGCAAGUGAAGUGGACUGUGGAGCUAGAUCUGAGUACUGACUCAGUCUCGUAUCGUGCUUACAUUUAUUCUUCUCCUACGGUUGUCGAUGUGGACGAAGAUGGGUUUUCAGAGAUUGUCGUGGGGACAUCCUUUGGCUUUCUCUAUGUUCUCCAACACAAUGGAACUUUGAAGGAGCCAUUUCCCUUACUUAUGGGUGAAAUCCAAGGACAAGUCGUUGCUGGCGACAUUAAUGACGAUGGAAAGAUUGAAAUCGUCGGUGCUGAUGUUCGUGGUAAUGUUGCCGCUUUCACCGGUGAUGGCAAGGAGCUUUGGACAGUACACUUGAAAAGCAUCGUUGCUCAGGGGCCCACCAUCGGAGAUGUUGACGGGGAUGGUCACACAGAUGUCGUCGUCCCUACCGCAUCCGGAAAAAUCUUUGUCCUUAGGGGUUCAGAUGGCGUUUUCGUCGCUCCAUUUCCUUUUAGAACGCAUGGGCGUGUUAUGGCACCUGCACUCUUAGUGGAUCUGAACAAGCGAAAAGCAGAAAGAAAAGGGCUGACCAUCGCUGUCACAUCAUUUGAUGGCUACUUUUACCUGAUUGAAGGUAGUUCUGGCUGUGCUGAAGCUAUCGACAUUGGGGAAACCUCGUAUAGCAUGGUGCUAGCAGACAAUGUGGAUGGAGGCGAUGACUUGGAUUUGAUUGUCACAACCAUGAAUGGUAAUGUUUAUUGUUUCCAGACACCUGCUCCACAUCACCCUCUCAAGGCAUGGCCGUCGCAACUACAAGGGAGGAAUGUAGUGGCAAGCAAGAUUAAUCGACAAGGCAUUUAUGUUCUUCCUAAGUCAAGAAGUUUUCGGGACGAGGCUGGAACUAACUUCUGGGUGGAAUUUAAAAUUGUUGAUCAGCAUCGACCUAUGGCUGGCUCUCCCGGAAUUUAUAAUGUAACGGUUACUCUUCUAGUUCCAGGCAACUACCAAGGACUCAAGCGAUUGGUGCAAAACAAAAUUUAUACAUCGCCUGGUGUAUAUCAGGUGAAGGUACCAUGUGUGUCAGUGCGCACCACAGGAAGUGUGGUAGUGGAGAUGGAGGACAAGAAUGGUCUGUAUUUCUCGGAUGAGUUUGCACUUACGUUUCAUAUGCGAUACUACCGUCUACUGAAGUGGCUUAUUUGUCUUCCUUUUGUGGGCAUGGUAAGCCUUCUUCUUGUCGUACAAUCUCAAGAAGGCGCACCACUGCCAUCCUUUUCUCACCAACUCUAAUCUGAAUAUUUUUCCUCCCAUCUUCGGGUGCUUUUUAUUUAGUUAAAGACAUACUUCUUGGUGGUGGAAAACAAAGAUGGUAGCUUCAGUAUCCUUAGACAAAAUGUAAAAUCCAUGCUUGUCAGAAGUCCAUUCAUUCAGAGCAGUCUUGUUCCAAUGAAAUCACGUCUUAAGAAGUAGAAUCUUGGCUUUUAAAACGCACAUUUAAGAAGUAAUUGCUGACCCUCUAGCCUUCGCUAUGC